CGCGCCAGCGCGCCAGGUGGAGUUGUGCGGCUGAGCCGUCUCCCGGACCCGGCACCUCCCAGUCGGUGAAAAGUAAUCGGACGUCCACGAAGAAUCAGAACCGAAGUCAUGGGUCUCAGAGAAGAAGACACAACAAUACUGGACAAAACUUCACACUGUUGCAAUGGUGUGGUCCACAGUGAAACGCCAAAAAGUGAAGCUAAUGCAAAGCAUGAAGAGAAGAAGCCGCGUGUCCGGGGCAAAGACUACUUCGAGGAGACGCCCCUGCUCAUGGCAUUGAGCACAUACCUGAGCUAUGUCAUCUUGGGCAUCUUUGGGCACAUCCGGGACUUCAUGCGUUCUACGGGGCUAGAAGAAACACACAUGUCUACUGAGCAUGACCGGAAGGGAUAUGUUCCUCUGUACCAGAGCUUCGAGAGCUUCUACACGCGCAACGUGUAUAGACGCAUUCGUGACUGCCUCAAUCAACCCAUAUGCAGUGUGCCUGGUGCUGUCAUCGAUUUGGUGGACCGUGUCAGUUAUGAUAACAACUGGACUUUUGUGAUGCCUGGUACAGUGACAAAAGCCAUCAACAUGGGUUCCUACAACUACUUAGGAUUCGCCGAAAAUUCAGGACCCGUCGUUGAUGAGGUACAGAGGUCUAUCGAGCAUUACGGCAGUGGAACUUGCAGCAGUCGUCAUGAACUCGGCACCUUGGCCAUCCACCAGGAGCUGGAAGAACUGAUGGCACGAUUCCUGGGUGUUGAAGCAUGCCUGACAGUGGGCAUGGGCUUUGCCACCAACUCAACCAACAUUCCUGGCUUGGCUCAGAAGGGCUGUCUGCUGCUUAGCGACGAGCUCAACCAUGCCUCGCUCAUUCUGGGCUGCCGUUUGUCCGGUGCCACCAUCCGAGUCUUCAAGCACAACAACAUGAAAGAUCUUGAACGGAAAUUGCGAGAUGCAAUAGUUGAGGGUCAACCACGAACACACAGGCCAUGGAAGAAGAUCAUCAUCAUUGUGGAGGGAGUGUACAGCAUGGAAGGCUCCAUAGUGAUGUUGCCCGAGAUUGUAGCCCUGAAGAAAAAGUACCGAGCGUAUGUGUACCUAGACGAAGCACACAGUGUGGGUGCCUUGGGACCAAAGGGGCGUGGGGUGGUUGACUACUUCGGCCUCGACCCGCGGGACGUUGACCUUCUCAUGGGCACCUUCACGAAAAGCUUCGGUGCUGCGGGAGGCUACAUCGCUGGGUCAAAGGCAGUCAUCGAUCACAUUCGGGCGCAGUCGCACAGCUUUUGCUAUGCGGCCAGCAUGACGGCUCCAGUAGCCCAGCAGAUCAUUUCUACCUGCCGUGUCAUCAUGGGUGAAACUGGGGACGGCGAGGGACAGCGGCGCAUUGAGCGGUUGGCACGCAACACGCACUACUUCAGGCGCCGUCUGCAACAGAUGGGCUUCAUCAUCUAUGGCAAUGAGGACUCGCCCGUUGUGCCACUCAUGCUAUACCUCCCUUCCAAGAUUGCGGGCCUUGUGCGUUACCUCAUGAAGAGGGGCGUUGCCACGGUUGGAGUCGGCUUCCCUGCAACACCACUUCUGGAAGCACGAGCUCGCUUUUGCAUGUCAGCUUCUCACACAAAGGAAAUGUUGGACCAGGCCCUGAGUGUUAUUGACAAGGCAGGUGAUUACCUCUACCUGAAGCUGUCCAGAAAGAAGAGAAGCACCGAAGAAAUAGUCUACUGAUCAUUGAACUACUGAUGUGUAGCUAGGUGGCUGCCUUCAAUGCCUGCAGCAGCAGUGGGCAUGGUGCCAGGAGGUGCGCUGCUUUUCUGCUGUGCAUAUCCAAAGCCUGAAGAUCGUGCUGCAAGUGGCGCAUCAAGGUGCUGUGCAAAAACUGGGUCCAGUGUGAUUUUGGGAACUGGUCAUCAACCUCUGGCCUGCUUUUCCAAGUUGAACUCAAGACAUCAAAAAAGAAAAAAAAAAAAAAAAAAAGAAAGAAACAGAAAAAAGAAAAUGAACACGUGCCUCAGCCUCAUGCUUUCGUACUGUGUGUUCACCUUGUGGCUUCAUGUUUGUGUCAACUGUCUGUUGCCCGUCAUCUCGGUUUUGGGUGCAUUUAGGGAUUGUUUCUCUCAAAUGUACUCUCAAAUUCAUUCUGAUGUAGUUGUACAGAAAACUAGUUUUUUUUUUUUUUUUUAAGCAAUGUUGCGUGUGUGCGUUUUUUUUUUUUCUCUCACUGAGUGAGAUGGUGAACGGAAUUGUGUGGGUGCAGAGUCAUCACUCGCUGAUAUUUCAACAUGUUCAGUGUAGUUGCAACGUAGAGGCCAUGUAUGAAAACAGGUGCAAAAGGAAAAAAACUAGCUGCACAUAUCUUGCUACCGUUGUUACUAUUUUGUUUAAAUAAAUGCACGACAGUAGUUGGGAUAAGCUACGUUGCAGUAUAAAAAUCGUUGCAGCAAACCAAAAGUGACAUGGAAACUGUUCCUGAGGCAUAAUAAAACAAUCGUAGUAUUUU